GUGUGUGUGUGUGUGUGUGUGUGUGUGUGUGUGAGUGUGAGUGUGAGUGUGAGAGAGGGAGAGAGAGGGGGAGAGAGUGCGAGGGACUCCUACACGUUUCAUCCAACCGCAUUCUCUCGUCUGUUGAACCUCGGUUUUUUUUUUUCUGCAAAUGGGUUAGAAUCCCUCUUUUAUUUUCUCUGUCUUCUUAAAAUCGACCCAAUCCGACGCUAUGAACGGAAGAGGCAGCUGAUCGGGUCUGUACCUUCCGAACGUUUAUUUUUGUUAGAAUGUAGCAACCAUCUAGGGGGUCCGAUCUAUCGUAGGGUUUAUAUAUGUGAUCACCACCUGUCUUUGGAAGUUUGGACUCCUCCACAUCACCACCAGCAGCAUCCUACAUCUGAUCGAGUCGAUUUGCAUUCACGCACUACUCCAACCAUGCCGGCGGGUAUGAAACCGCUGGAGAAGUUCUUGAAAAAGCAGACCACCGCUCUGACGCGGGCCGGGGGCUUCGGCGGGGCGGACAAGGCCAGCGGUACCGGGGGGUCCCGGAGGAGGGCCAGCCUGUCCCGGGUGGUACCGUUCUUUAGGGAGACUUCACCGGAGAGCGGACAGGCGCGGGAGGUUUUCAGCCCGGACACAGAGGAGCCCCCCUGCUGGCCCCUGGCCACAGGGGCCACCCUUGCUAUGGCCCCUGGCUCUGGAGGGCCCGGGUUCGGUGGUUCCAGCGCUGGUGGAUGUGGAGGUGGAGGCGGGGACGUACGCAGCCCGUCGCUCUCCAGUGACGAGCAGAGCUCCGAGGCCAGCCUGGUCACUGACGCCUCCAGCGGAGGAGGAGGGAGUGGGGGAGGAGGUGGGAGUGGGAGUCCUCUGAGCGCCGAGACCCCCGAUAACCUGACCCUCACCCUGCUGGACAGCGUGGCGGGAAAACGCUACGGGCACUGUACAGAGACCCUGUUGGAUGACUUCAUGUUGACCCAUCCCAUCUUCCUCACAGCCGACCGGCUCCAGCAAGUCCUACUACAGCAAUUCUCCCUGGAGACGGAGGGCAGGAUGGGGGAGGGGGAGGGGUGGCCGGGCGGGCUGGACGGAGGGGAGAGGAAGCGGGCGGUGCUGAGCGUGGCGUUCCGCUACCUGGACACGUACCGUGAGCUGCUGCAGGAGGAGGGGGAACGGAGCAACAGCUUCCCCAAGGACUUGUACAUGUGUGCGGUCCAGGAGCUGGGUCGCUAUCCGGAGCUGGUGGAGGACGUCCUCAAACUGCAGAGGUGGACUGAGAUUCUCCACUCUCCGUCAGAUGAGGAGAAGGAGAGCAGGAAGAAGCAGGUCCGUCCUCUCUUCAGACACUUCAGACGGAUUGAUGCCUGCCUGCAGCCCAGAGAGGCCUUCAGAGGCUCUGACGAGAUCUUCUGCAGGGUGUACACGCCGGACCACUCGUACGUGACCAUCCGUAGCCGUCUGUCCUGCCGGGUCGGGGAGAUCCUGGCGCUGGUCCGGGAAAAGCUGCAGUACAGCGAGGACCAGCCGGCGUUGCCUGGCAACCUGGUCCUGGUGGCUGUCACAUCCGCCGGAGAAAAGGCAGUGUUUCGGCCAAGUGAUGAGGCAGUCUUCACGACGCUGGGUGUGAACACACAUCUGUUUGCGUGUGAACCCCCUGAACUGGAGACACUGCUUCCUCUUCCUGAAGAGAUCCACUGGUCGCCAGGCGACAGCAAACUACAUGACAUGUCAGCGGAGGAGGUGGCCAAUCAGCUCGUUGUGUUCGACUGGGAGCUCUUCAGCUGCGUGCACGAGGUGGAGUUUGUCUGCUACGUCUUUCAUGGGGAGCAAGCUCGCUGGCGCCCCCUGAACCUGGAGCUGGUACUGCAGCGAUGCAGCGAGGUGCAGCACUGGGUGGCCACGGAGAUCCUGCAGUGCCAGUCACUGCCCAAGAGAGUACAGCUACUGCGCAAGUUCAUCAAGAUCGCAUCGCUGUGUAAGCAACAGCAGGACCUGCUGUCGUUCCUGGCAGUAGUUCUGGGGCUGGACAACCCAGCAGUCAGCCGGCUACGACUCACCUGGGAGGGACUCCCAGGGAAAUUCCGGAAGCAGUUUCAGCAGUUUGAGGGCACUGCGGACCCCUCCAGGAACCACAAGUCCUACAGAGACCUGAUGGCUGGCCUUCGACCUCCACUUAUCCCCUUCACACCACUGCUCCUGAAAGACCUGACUUUCCUCCACGAGAGCUGCAAGACGUUCCACGGGGAGAUGGUGAACUUCGAGAAGAUGCAUAAAGUAGCGGAGAUGGUGAGGACGAUAAGGCGAUACAGGUGCACUCCGCUAGUCAUGGAAACAGAGCCCUCCCCCUCCCACCUCCAGACCAAAGCGUACGUGCGGCAGCUCCAAGUGAUUGACAACCAGAACCUUCUCUUCGACAUGUCCUGCAAGAUGGAGCCCAAAGACACAUAGACCCCGGCACGGGGCUGGAGACGGAGAGGGCCCGACGGCCGGUCGCUCUGGGAAUAUAACCGGCAGAUAAACUCUUUCUCUCUUUGAAAGGAGCCCGCUGCCUGAGAAGAAAUUUGUGAUGAGACGUGUAGGGUGUGGCACAGUGAGCUGGUUGAGCUAAAGAGACGCACACACACACACACACAUGAAGGCAGGCACACACACACACACACAUACAUGCUCAAACACACACACACACACACACACACACACACACACACACACACACACACACACACACACACACACACACACACACACACACACACACACACACGUAAACGCACAUGCAUAUAGUGGGGGAGAAUCUCAUAAUCUUUCUCCCUUUCUCAAACACACCCCACCCAUUCUAUUUCUUCCAUUCCUACCCUCUCUCUCUCUCUCUCUCUCUCUCUCUCUCUCUCUCUCUCUCUCUCUCUCUCUCUCUCUCUCUCUCUCUCUCUCUCUCUCUCUCUCACUCUUUCUCUCUCUCUCUCUCUCUCUCACUCUUUCUCUUACACACACACACACACACACACACACACACACACACACACACACACACACACACACACACACACACACACACACACACACACUUUUUCUCCACUAUAGUUAGCAGUUGUUCAGUGUCAACACUGCCAGUCCGGUCCCUCUGUUUUUGUUGUUUGGUCUGUCUGCUGGCCAGAAAACCUAACCCCCAAAGACAGAGAGACCCCUGGUUCAAACCCUUGUGGUUGGGCCAGGAUGACACCACCUCCACCGCAAACAUCACCACCACCACCGAAUAACACAGCAGGUGUUGCUCCACUCACUACAAGUGGGCCGGGCAAACUUCUCAAUGGAAUAACAUUGAACCCCUAAAGACAUUCUCCACAGAAACAAGGUUUUCUGUUGGACCUGAACGUCCUCAAAGAAAAAUUCUAAAAGAUGGAAUUGGAUUAUCUGGAUUAUCCUGGAACCUCAGUCAGGAGGAUGGACUAUACUGCUGAUUAAACUCGGUUCACAACGGUCACUCUUUUACGCAAAGGAGCCGAAGAACAUUCUGGAACACCAGACGUCUCCGUCUUUGCGUUUUAUGCGGGAUACUCCACAAACACAGUCAGAGCUGGGGGAGCCGGACAGCAGUGGAAUUGUUUGCUCUGUCGUGUUUGAAAGGAGAAAGUUAACCAAGAGAGGACAGAACACUCAGAGCUUGCGCAAGAGUCAGACUAAUAUGUCCUCUUCCUGUUUUGUGUGUCAAACACGAUCCCCUCCGCUCUUGACCAAUCAGACCACAGACAAUCUGAAAGGCCGCCUAAUGAACAUCAACCUCUUAUAGGGCUUGUUGGUUUCCGCUUCAACUGUUGCUCAUAGCAUUUCUAGACUCAAUCUCAAUCGACAUAUUGCACUGAAGUGAGUAUAAACAAUGGGCAGUUAUUUGAUGAAUUGGAUGUUCUUGUGAAGAAUCUCAUCUGCCUAGAAAUUGAUUGUAUGAGACAACAAAUUGAAUUUAUGGUUUGUCUAACUUAACUAACUGGCAGGUUUCCUAAAAUGUACCGGCGAAAGGAUAUAUUUGACUUGAAAGCAACUGACUAAACACCCCUUGCCAUUCAAAAACAGAGACAUAGAUACAUAGAACAUACGUCAUAUCCUUGGAAAUGACACUCAGUGGUUAUGAAAGAGUACACUAUGUGGUCUUUAAAUCUGCAUGUACAAGAAUGACGAUGAUAGACUGUAAACACUCAAGACAUCGGACCAUCAUGCACCUUGCUGCUAACUCUGUGCCGCCACAGGCUACAUCGUAGUGGCAAUGGAAGGAUUUAACAAUGGACAGCAUGAGCAAUGGAUCCAAAAUGGCGGUGGAUCCGCGGCAGAUGCUAUAUUCCUUCAGUUAACUAAUGGAAAGAAAACUACCGUCACCUUGGAUAGGCCUACUCUAUGAACUCAACAUAUGUUGCGUGAUGAUGCGUGGACAUUAUGAUACUCUCAGCAUUUCAUUGGUUGGUUGGAUGAAAGUGUGUACAUUAAAUUAUUAGCAGCUUUCGCAGCGUCCUGUUACCCCGUGUGUGAUACGAGGAAGCAGGACAUUGCUAGACCUAACCAAAGUAUAUUUUAAUGAGACAGCGGUUUCUAUUGUUAUAAGCUAAUUCUCUUCUUCAUUGAGCAGCAGCUACUGUCCUGGCUAAGGCCAAGGUUGUAUAUUGUAUUGUAACAGUAUAUUCUGGAAGGUUCCAAGGAUUAUAUUGGAAAGUACACUGAGAAAAGCACGCUAUUUUUCCACAAUCUAAGAUUAGAUAUUUAGGGUUUGGUUCACUGUGUGAUUCAAAUAACUACUUAUCUUUUCAAGAAGAAUAGUGAUUUUUCUUCAGUUUAGCCUGUCUGAAAACAGCUGCUUCUUAAUCACAGAAUCUGGCUUGCUUUUGGUAAUUUGAAAAAAUCAGUUGUUGAGAAGAUGGAUUCCAAAGUGACGGCCCAUGUGGUCCUGCCACUGCAGGAAGGGUUCAGGAGGCCGUGUGUGUGGCUGGACGCGAGGCGAACAUGUGUCUGUGUGGCUGGCCAACGUAUUUGCAUCAACUAAGCACUUUUUGCCUCACCUCAGGGCUUCGCUUACAUUGGGGGUGCAAAAGAGAGAUAUGUUUUGUUUACUAUAUUAAUAAUCAUUAUUAUAAUAUAUUAGAUUUUCAAUAGUGUUUUGUUCGAGUUGUGUUUCGAUGGAUUGGUACUGUGUGUGUACAGUUGAUCACAGUUCAGUCUUAACUGUUUCUUAUAGUUAUUAUAGUUAUAAUACGGCUACGUCUUACUAUACGCUGUGGCUGCCACCAGGUCUAGAGUCCAGCUUUUUUAUUAUUAUUAAUAUUAUUGCUUUGUUUUGUUUUGUUUUACAGUUUGCUCUCGCUUGUGCGAGCGACAUCCAGAUCUUGAUGUGAAAUCGUUGCUCCUUUUGUGAUGUCACAAAUGAGAUAGUUAUAUUGUUUCUAAUUGAUCUGCUUCCAUUUUAGAAUAGCUAGAAUCACCUGACUACCACCACUCGGAACUUCACCACAUCCGUCUCCUCUCUGUAGAAUUUUUUAACAACUCAUCUUGUCACUCACCAACCUAAUAUCUAACAGUAAGGCUUUAACUCAAAUUCAUCUUUGGAAUUCAGCAAAAGUUGGAACAUUUUCACCCACAACUGAAAUAAUAUAUUUUUGAUAUUUGGGCUAAGUAUUAAUACCAAGAGUUUGAGUAAAGGUGGGACGGAUGUCAUCAUGUGUCCAAUAGCAUAAUUUUUGCUUUACAUGAAUUGAACUGAUCGCUGACCACAGACAAACCCUUAAACCAAAGCCACAUUCUCACAAACCUUUGAUGACUAGAUUUGACUUUUACUCGUUUUACAGUCAGAAUGCCUGGGGUAACCUAUCUUAAAAGGUUUUUUUCCCCCUAAAAUAUGUGAUGAAAUCAAAUAUUAUUUCACAUCUCACCUCGUGCAGCUUCACCCUUUUGAUACAAUUGGCAACAAAUGAGUUGCUUGUUUCGUCAGAAUGAAAUGUUUCACUUCAUAUACAUUGGAGAAAAGUUGACAUAAAGAAAAUAGCCAUUUCCUCCAGUACCACCUCUUUUUCUAUUUCGCAGAAGACAAAAUAAAUCAUGAGAGCGAUGGAGCCUAGAUUUCAUUAAUACGGGUCGUUGGGCUCCAGAGGCAGUGUGGAAUCCCUGUAGAAGGUGACAUCAUCAAUAUAUUGCCUGUGGCUUUCUCAGGACCACUUCCUAGGUGGCGGUGGCCCCUUGGGUUGGGCUGUCCGUUGUGUUGCCUGUGUGAAAAUGCAGAACCCCUCCCCCCUUGUACAUACUGCUAUGCUGUAAAUAAGCAAAUAAUAUGGAGACUCUAUUUUAUGUAUGAGCUACAGGACGGCAAAGUCAUCUCACAGAGAACUAUUUGACUAGUUGUUUUUUUGUUUGUGUGUCUGUUUUUGUUCUAUUUUUUGUGUAAAGAUGAGAAGAAUGAGGUAUUGUACAGCGAUGCUAACCUUCGAGUUUAAAGAGAAUGUGUUUUUCCCACCUGUUUCGUUUGACAUUUGAAAUUAUUAUGAGUUCAUGAAUUGUACAGUUUGGAUCUCUUUGUUAUUUUUUAUUUUGUUUUCUAUCAACAGCUUGGGGAUGUAUUUUUUGGUUUGUUUGAUUAUUUUUGUACAGAAGUGGUUGUUUACAUUGAUAUGUCCUCACGUUUCCCCCGGGGAAACGUGAGGGGUGCCCUCUGGUCAUUGGACCAGAGGGCAGACGAGGAGAGGUUUUUCUGGGGGGAGAGGGGGGAACGGCACCCAAUGUAUAACACAAUAUUGUUAUGUAUGCUGUUAAUUUAUUGUCAUGUUGCGAUGAGAAAAUUAAGCCAUAAAAAUUAUCACAAUAUGAGAUUUGAAAUAUUUUUUCUAAAAUUAUUCAUAUGCAUAAUUUCCUUGACAUCUUUUUGGAACUAAUUAGGAAACAUGGGAUUUGUAAUAUUGUGCCAAAUUGAAUGUGUUUAUCAAGAUUACUACUUCUUUCAUAUCGCCCCAACAUUGGUACAACCCCCCCAAAAAAUAAAAAGCCUGGGCUGUAUUUAUAUAUUUUUUUUAAAUUAAGCAAACCGUAUAUCGAUACUAUCGCUGACAGGAGUUAUUGCUGAAAGGUAAAAUCGGCCUAAUAUCAGAAAUAUAAUAACAAUAACUCACUCUGUUCUUCCCCAGUUGUCUACACACCCAAAAUAUUUUACAUUUAAAUUGUAUUGGUUAGGUCAACAACCCAUACGCAGAAUAUUGAGGUUGUAUUUUUAAUGCAGUAUCCCAAGCUGUCAAGCGGGUGGACGGGUUCUAGUCCGCUGCGGCAGUGGAAAACUGGCCGACAGCCGAGUCCCAUGACAGUCUCCUGUCAUUGGUGUACUGACAUGUGAGAAAACCUAUAAAAAAAUGCAAGGAUCAGCUGAAUUUGAACGUUUUGAAACUUAAGAAAGUAAAAUCAACCAGUGAAAGUAACGAGAUCAUCAGGGAUUGGCUUGAGAAGUUUUGAUGCCCCCUCUCCUGACCUCUGACCCCUCUCACACACCACAGGACACAAGCUCAAUAAAAACCGUCUGACCACAA